AUGUCAUUUGUGCUUGAGCCACUCAUCCCUGUCGGUGAAAAGGGCAUGAAGGUGGUUAGUGGGGAUGGUGUGGUUCAUCAUGGAUUCCCUCUUCAUGCCAUUUUUGUUGGAGAUUACCCUGAACAGCUUCUUGUAACAGGGCAGAAGAAUGGUGAAUGUCCUGUUGGAGAUGUAGAAAAGGAUAAACUUGGAGAUUUAGAUGCGGAAUGUAUUCCACGGGACAUCUUGCCUAUACAGCAAGCUUCAGCUUCUAUCGGUAAUGGAUACGAUGCUUUCUACAAGGCCUGUUCUGCAGUUGGAAUCAAGCCAAUUCAGAACAUUUUUUGGCGCCAUCUUCCUAAUAUGAACAUCCAUAUGUGUAUCACCCCAGAUGUUCUCCACCAAUUAUUCCAAGGUGUUAUCAAGCAUGUCUUCUCAUGGUUAAAGCAGGUUUUUGGCCAUGAGGAGAUUGAUGCUCGCUGCUGCCGCUUUCCUCCAAACCGCAACAUUUGA